AAAAAAAUUCAUUACGUCAAAUAAAGCGUUAAAUAAAAAAAGCCUGAUUGAAAGUUGAAACCCUAGAACGAAUUUGGGUCUGUGUGCUUGUGUGUGUGUGUGUCUGUGUUGGGAGGGCCGAGGCUGAGAGAAAAUGGUGUUCUACUUCAAAGCCCGUCCCGAAGCCGGUGACUACGUCAUAUUCAUGGGACUAGACAAGUAUGAGAACGAAGAGCUCAUCAAAUACGGCUUCCCCGAAGAUAUCUGGUUUCAUGUGGAUAAAAUGUCUUCAGCCCAUGUUUAUGUGAGACUGCACAAGGGUCAGACUAUGGAUGACAUAUCUGAAGGCUUACUGGAAGAUUGUGCUCAAUUAGUCAAAGCAAAUUCCAUUCAAGGAAACAAGGUGAACAAUAUUGAUGUUGUUUACACCCCUUGGCAAAAUUUGAAGAAGACUGCUUCCAUGGAUGUUGGCCAAGUUAGUUUCCACAAUUCAAAAAUGGUCCGUACUGUGAGAGUGGAGAAGCGAAUAAAUGAGAUUGUUAAUAGAUUAAACCGGACAAAGGUGGAAAGAACACCUGAUUUGAAAGCUGAGCGAGAGGCAGUUAAUGCAGCUGAAAGAGCAGAGAGGAAACAACAACUGCGAGAUAAAAAACGAAGGGAGGAGAUAGAGAGGCUUGAAAAGGAGAGACAAGCAGAGGUAAGAAGCUACAAAAACUUGAUGGUAGCUGAGAACAUGACAUCGAAUAAAGAGAUAGCAUCAACCAGCAAGUCAUUACAAGAACUGGAGGAGGACUUCAUGUGAACGCAAUGGAGUCCAACUAGUUCCGGCACUUUGCUGCCUCAAACUGCUGAAUUUGACAGACGUGCCAGUGGAAAAAUGGAGGGGGAAAAAAAAAAACGAAAGGAAAGAGAAAAAAAAAAGGGGGGGGGGAUGUGAGUGUGAUUUUAGGCAAAAACAACUCCCUGUUGAAAUAAAAUCAUCUGAGUGUUGAAAUUCGUAAUCAUGGAUGCUACUAUGAUAUUAUAAAAAAAGCGAAUGGAAUUUAUAAUCUAAGAGGGAAAAGAACUUUUGUGCACCAACAGAUGUGUUAUUGAGUAAUG